AUGAAGGUGUACUCCGUCGCGGUCCUGGUCGUCGCCACUGCGGCCGUCUGCUGCGCCUCGCCCAUUGUCCAGCCGGCGCCAGUAUAUGGACCUCCAGGCGCAUUCCAGCGCUUCCAGCUCGCACGCGCCAUGUCCGCCGCCCCCGCCGCCUUCCACUCCGCCGACUACCACACCGUGCUGUCGCCGCCGCCGCCCCCGGCAGCGCCCGCCCCCGCCUGGGUCAUGAGGCAAGGGCAGUUCUACCAGCCCGCCCCCGCGCCGCAGUUCUACCGCCAGCAGCCCCUGCGGCAGGCACAGAACGACGAGCAGCAGCGGUUCAGGACGGAGCAGUUCAGGACGGAGCCGCAGCAGUUCAGGACGGAGCAGCAAGGAGUGUGGCGGUACACUGCGCCCGCCCGCGCCGCGCCCAUCCGCGAGGACCAGGCGCCGCACCAGGGACUCGGCGCCACCGACUCGGUGACAAUGCCCGAGCCGGCGCCGUACGACCCGCUGCUGGUGACGGGCCCCGCCGCCGCGCACUUCGUCCGCGUGCUGUCCGACAACGAACCGCACUACUUCCCCGCCUUCCCGCACACCAGGCUCGUGCUGCAGAACCAGCAGAAGCGGCUGGACAACGGCCUCAACGCCAACCGCCUGGGAUCCAUCCGCCCCGGCUCAGACUUCUACAGGACGGACUAGGACCAGGCCAGAUGGUGCUGGAGAUCCUGUCUCUCUAGAGACACACUACCUCUCUAGAGACACACUACCUCUCUAGAGACACACUACCUCUCUAGAGACACACUAUCUCUCUAGAGACACCGUGUCUCUCUACAGAUACUCUGUCUCUCUAGAAACUCUCCAGAGAGACCCAGUCUCACUAGAAAAGACUUUGCCAGACUAAGCUUCUCGUGCGAUAACCUAAACUUUGCGCCGCCACAAUUCAAGAAGCAACUUAUAUGCAGCAAAAUGGGACUGAACUCAUUGUUAUUGAUACUCCAGUUAACGCCGAGUUCAACUCCGUUUCGCCGCAAAUAAGCUGGAUCGUAAAGUGUGGCGGCGCAAAGAUUGCAGGUUGUUGCCUUAAGAGCUUAUCCUGGAAAGGUCUAACCCGCCUGCCGACAAAGCGUCCGCCUCAACCAGUGGCAGCAGAACUGCGGUAGAAUGCCCCAGAGGGUUUGAGUCGAUCAGGCCUUUUAGUUCCCACACGGGUUUCGCUAAUGAGGAAGGAAAUGACUUCGGUGAUAACGUUUCGAACCUCACGAAUUUAUUUCAGCUGAGCUGUUUUUAAAAUGUAGCGCAAUUGCAUCAGCAUUGUCGCCCAAUUUUCGGCUUUGUGCCAGUAAUCAAGUUAUCCCGCUCAGUGUACAAAAAAAGAGAGAGAGAAAGAUCACAGAAGUGUUUGACCAUCCCGCACGUAGUCAUCCUAAGAAAUUCAUUGGUGCCAUUUGAAGCCAUUGUACAUAACCACAUUUUAUAAUAAUUUAUUACUUUUAUAA